GACCGGAGCCCCCCCGAACGGUGUCACUCCCCAGCAGCACCAACACCUACCAGCUGACCGGGCUGCAGCCGGGCACCGAGUACCGCAUCACCCUCUACACAAUUUAUGACGGUGGGGAGGUGGCCACCCCUGUCACCACCUUCCAGACAGGCGUGGAGGUACCCGUGGGUGCCGUGUCGGACCUGCGGCUCGUCGAGGAGUCGGGCAGGCGGGUGCGGUUGGGCUGGACCGGCGUCACCGGUGCCACCGAGUACAAAGUGGUGGUGCGCAACAACCAGGAUGGCACAGAGAGGACGAGGCGCGUCCCAGGCAGCCAGACGGGUCUGGAGCUGGGUGACCUCCGGGAGGGCAUCGCCUACCUGGUGCGUGUCUCGGCACUAGUGGGCAGCCGGGAGGCGGACGCAGCCCCGCUGCCCCCGGUCAGCAGCUUCCGGGUGACGGAGGCAUCGGAGAACCGCCUGCGCCUGGCCUGGGUGCCGGCGGCCAGCAGCGCCGGGGACCGCCUGGGCGGCUCCUCCGCCGUGGGGGGGCUGGAGCCGGGACGGCGCUACCACAUCAGCAUCACCAGCCUGGCCGGCGGCCGGGAGAGCGAGCCGGCCACCGUCACUGCCAUCACUGCUACCCCAGCCCGUGUCACCAGCCUGCGGGUGACAGAGGUGCGGAGAGACUCGGUGACGCUCACCUGGCCCCCUGUCCCUGGCACCUCCAGCUACAUCCUCUCCUGGAGCCCCCCUGCAGGUGAGAUGGGUGGCCUGCCCUGGCUGCUCCUCAACCGCUCCAGCGACCUGCCCGCCGUGCUGGAGCAGAUCCGCACCAUGCGCUAUGAGGAGCCCAGCGGCAACGCCAUCGGGGCAGCCAUCACCUUUGCCAGGACCUACUUGCUGAGCCCUGGCGCGGGGCGCCGGCCUGGCGUGCCAGCGGUGCUGGUGAUCCUGGCUGACGGCCCCUCUGGGGAUGAUGCCAUUGCUGCCGCCAGGGAUGUCAAGGCUGGAGGGGUCCAGGUGCUGGCUGUGGGCUUGGAGGGGGCAGACCGGGAGCAGCUCCGGCGCAUGGUCACCGGUGAGGACCCGCGGUACAUCUACGACAGCAGAGCCCUGGCAGAGCUGGAGGGAGAGCUCACCGAUGACCUCUGCACCAUCAUCUCCACCAGGCCGGAGCCGGAGCCGAAGCCGAAGCCCUGCACCAUGCAGUGCCCCAGGGUGGCUCUGGCCACAUACAGCUACCGCAGCCUGCCCUGGCUGCUCCUCAACCGCUCCAGCGACCUGCCCGCCGUGCUGGAGCAGAUCCGCACCAUGCGCUAUGAGGAGCCCAGCGGCAACGCCAUCGGGGCAGCCAUCACCUUUGCCAGGACCUACUUGCUGAGCCCUGGCGCGGGGCGCCGGCCUGGCGCGCCAGCGGGGCUGGUGAUCCUGGCUGACGGCCCCUCUGGGGAUGAUGCCAUUGCUGCCGCCGGGGAUGUCAAGGCUGGAGGGGUCCAGGUGCUGGCCGUGGGCUUGGAGGGGGCAGACCGGGAACAGCUCCGGCGCAUGGUCACCGGUGAGGACCCGCGGUACAUCUACGACAGCAGAGCCCUGGCAGAGCUGGAGGGAGAGCUCACCGAUGACCUCUGCACCAUCAUCUCCACCAGGCCGGAGCCGGAGCCGAAGCCGAAGCCCUGCACCAUGCAGUGCCCCAGGGGCGAGAAGGGAGACCGUGGCGAGGCAGGACCAGAAGGACGCAUGGGGCCACCGGGCCCACCUGGCGAGCCGGGCCGCCAUGGGCUGCCUGGCCCUCCGGGACCCCCAGGGCCACAGGGUCCGCCAGGAGAGAGCAUCGAGCGGCCAGGCAAGAAGGGGGACAGGGGAUUCCCCGGAGCUGAUGGGACACCAGGAAGCCCUGGCCGCCCGGGGAACCCUGGAUCACCAGGCCAGCCGGGGACACGGGGGCCGAUGGGACUUUCUGGCCCGAAGGGGGAGAAAGGCGAGCCGGGAGAGCCCAGGGUGAUCGUGGAUGGACAAGGGCUGCCAGGCAGGAAAGGGGAGCCGGGCACGCCGGGGGAGAAAGGUGACCGAGGGGAAAGGGGUCUCCCUGGACUUGUGGACGGGGCAGCACCUCGAGGGGAGCCUGGACCCCCGGGCCUGCCUGGGGACCCUGGGCCCCGAGGACCUGCUGGCCCCCCCGGCCUGAAGGGAGAGAAGGGCCCUCGGGGACCGCCGGGGGAGCAGGGCAGGAAGGGAGACCGUGGGGCGCCAGGCGAGCUGGGAGAGAUGGGCGAGAAGGGGGACCGUGGUGUGCCAGGCCCCGAGGGUGAGAAGGGUGAGGCGGGAGCCCCGGGACGCCCAGGGCCAUCAGGCAGAGAGGGAGCUCCGGGACCGGCUGGCCCCCGUGGGGAGAAGGGCGAUCCGGGACCACCCGGCAAGCCGGCUCCCAGCGUGGCUGGUGUUGGAGGAGAGAAGGGUGACAGAGGCUUCCCAGGGCCAGAAGGACCUCCUGGCCCCAAGGGCGAUGUGGGAGAUAAAGGCGCCCGUGGUGCCCCUGGCCUGAGCAUCCCGGGGCCGGCUGGCCCCAAAGGCGAGCAGGGUGAUCGGGGUAUCGUUGGCCUCACGGGCAGGAGCGGUCCAAAGGGUGACCCGGGGGAGCCGGGGGAGAAGGGGGAGCAGGGCAGAGCGGGCGCCCCAGGACAGACCGGGCUGCGUGGCAAGGAGGGAGAGCGUGGAGAGAAGGGUGACGAAGGCACCCCGGGCGAAGCGGGUCUGCCUGGCAAACCUGGAGACAGGGGCCCCCGGGGCCUCCCCGGCUACCGCGGCCCCCCCGGGGAGAAGGGCGACUCAGGGGACCCAGGUCCUGAAGGCAGGAAUGGCAGCCCCGGAGCACCAGGGAGCAAGGGUGACCGUGGGGAGCCGGGGCCACCCGGACCUCCAGGACGAACCGUUGACGUGGGGAUCGGAGGAGUAGGGGAGAAGGGUGAGAAGGGGGACCCGGGGAAGCAAGGGGACCCUGGCCGGGAUGGGCUACCUGGGCUUCGUGGGGAGCAGGGACCGCCUGGCCCCGUGGGACCCCUGGGACCGCCCGGUGUCCCUGGCAAACCUGGCGAUGAUGGCAAACCUGGCCUCAGCGGCAAGAACGGAGAAGACGGGACUCCAGGAGAGGAUGGGAGAAAGGGGGACAAAGGUGACGCAGGACCCCCUGGCAGAGAUGGCCACAGUGGUGCCAAGGGCGAGCAGGGGGACAGAGGUGUGCCAGGACCCCUCGGCCCCCCCGGUCUCCCUGGCGUCCCGGGGCAGGUCGGCCCCCCAGGCCAGGGCUCACCGGGCCUCCGUGGGGUGGCUGGACCAAAGGGGGAUCCGGGGGAGCCUGGGCUGCGAGGAGAGCCGGGGCGACCUGGCGACCCUGGAGCACGUGGAGACCCCGGGACUGCAGUGAACAUUGAACGUAGCCUGGAAGCACUUGGUAUCAAGAUUUCAUCCCUGAAGGAGCUCACGGGUGCCUACGACGGAAGCUCGGACUCAUUUCUGCCAGUGUCCGAGCGGCUGCGGGGCCAGAGGGGCAGCCGGGGGGAGCCGGGAGAGAGGGGACCUCCGGGCCGAGAGGGCUCCUUAGGCUUCCCUGGCGAGCGAGGACCCAAAGGUGACAAGGGGGACCCGGGUGCCCCUGGCCCCCAGGGCCCCACGGGCCGUGCUGUGGGCGACCGGGGUCCCGAGGGGCCACCCGGGCAGCCGGGGGAGCCUGGCAAGCCGGGCAUCCCCGGGGUGCCGGGCCGUGCCGGGGAGCUGGGGGAGGCUGGGCGGCCCGGCGAGAAGGGCGACCGGGGUGAGAAGGGUGACCGUGGUGAGCAGGGCAGGGAUGGCUUGCCUGGCCCCCCAGGGCCCCCAGGGCCCAAGGUAGGUGAUGACUGCUGCUGGGGACCAUCCCGCGAGCGUGGCCCCGCUGGACCCAAGGGAGCGAAGGGCGAGCCAGGAGCUGAGGGCGAGCGGGGACCCAAAGGAGAUAAGGGUGAAGGUGGCCUGUGGGGCGAGCGAGGGGAGCCCGGUGAGAAGGGCAGGGAUGGCGCCCCGGGCCUCCCGGGUGAGAGAGGGCUGGCCGGCCCCGAGGGGAAGCCGGGCUUGCCAGGCUUCCCCGGCGUGCUGGGACGCCCGGGCAGCCAGGGAGACCCGGGACCCCCAGGACCUCCGGGCAGCGCUGGCCCACCAGGGACCCAGGGCCCAGCUGGGACCAAGGGGGAGAGCGGGAAACCGGGAGUGCCGGGCAGGGACGGCGUGCCAGGGAAGGAUGGCGAGGCGGGGAUGCCUGGGAAGAUGGGUGUGCCGGGACCUUCAGGCCCUGCCGGUCCCAAGGGAGAGCCAGGGGAUGCCGGAGCCCCGGGGCAGGCUAUUGCCGGCCCGCCCGGAGCCAAAGGCGAGAAGGGUGAGCCGGCGCUGCUGGAGGGCGUGCUGCUGGGAGAGCCCCAGGGCUCCAAGGGUGACCGAGGCUUGCCGGGCCCCAAGGGUGAGAAGGGAGCCAAGGGGUCCUCAGGAGCCAAAGGGGAGAAGGGAUCACCAGGUGUCGGUGUGCAGGGACCACCAGGACAGAACGGGCCUCCGGGCUUGAAGGGCAUACAAGGGGCACCUGGCCUGAAGGGUGACAAGGGCGCUCCGGGGGCCGGGCUGCCAGGAGCCAGGGGCGAGCGCGGAGACCCGGGGCCUCGGGGUGAAGAUGGGCGCCCGGGGCCAGAAGGGGAUCGCGGUCCGGCGGGCUUGCCUGGGAACCGGGGGGAGCGCGGGGACAAGGGAGAUGUUGGGGCCCCGGGGCCCAAAGGAGACAAGGGUGAUACUGUGGUGGUGGAGGGGCCCGCUGGAGCACGGGGAAGCAAGGGGGAGCCGGGAGACCGUGGCCUGAAGGGCACAGAAGGGGACAAGGGGGACAAGGGGGAGCAAGGCAUGCCCGGAGAGAAGGGGGCAAGGGGUGAGCAAGGUGAGAAAGGCUCCAUGGGCUUCCCCGGGGCACGCGGCCCUGGUGGGCAGAAGGGAGAAGUUGGAGCAUCAGGAGAGCCUGGCGAGCCGGGCCAGCCCGGCCGCGACGGGAUCCCUGGAGCCCGGGGAGAGAAGGGGGACUUGGGACCCCUGGGUAUGCGUGGCCCCAAGGGUGACCGGGGCAUGAAAGGUGCCUGUGGCCUCAAUGGGGACAAGGGUGAGAAGGGAGAGCCAGGGAUCCCGGGGCGCUCAGGGCUGCCAGGGAGGAAAGGCGAGCCGGGAGAGCUGGGUCUGUCAGGACCACCGGGCAUCCCCGGGAAGGAGGGGCUCAUGGGACCCAAGGGCGACCGGGGAUUCGAUGGGCAGCAGGGAGCCAAAGGAGACCAGGGAGAGAAAGGAGACCGGGGCGCCCCGGGCAUUAUCGGUGGCCCCGGUCCCCGGGGCAGUGACGGUGCUCCGGGGCCCCCCGGGCCCCCAGGAAGCGUUGGCCCACGAGGUCCUGAGGGCAUGCAGGGCCAGAAGGGGGAGAGAGGUCCCCCCGGACAGUCGGUGCCGGGGGCCCGUGGCGUGCCCGGCAUCCCUGGCGAGAGAGGAGAGCAGGGCAGUCCUGGCACCCAGGGGCUCCGUGGGGAGAAGGGGGAGCCAAGCAUGACGGAGGAGGAGAUCCGCGCCUUCGUCAGACAGGAGAUGAACCAGCACUGUGCCUGUGGUGGCCACUUCCCACGGCGCCUGGAUUCACGGCAGGACAGGCAGGUCACGCUCGACACUGAUGACCUCGAGUACGAGAGCAUGUAUGUGGACGAGGAGGAGGACUACGAUGAGGUCCCGGAGAUGGACAGCUUGGAGCAGCCCGUGAUGGGCGGCGCUCCCGGCCACACUGUGCUGCAGGACACUGCUCACCUUCCUGGUGGUCCUCGGGGCACCGGCAAGAGCCUGGAAGGGACCGAGCCAUGA